AUGGCAGACGCCCGAGCCCUGCUUCGCGCUCACCGCGCCGAGAACCGUAUCAAGCAUCCCCAUGCCGCAUACUCGGAUGCCGGAAAACUACUAUGCAAGCUAUGUCACGAGCCCGUAAAGACAGAGGCCAUAUGGGAAAGCCAUAUCCGAAGCCCGAACCACAGGAAGAGAGUACAGGCACUACAGAGCAACCUCUCCGAGCAACCACAGGCGGUAUCUUCGACCGACGGGGGUAACGGCAAGCGGAAACACGACGACGUGGACGAAGGCAUAUCCGAUGUAGACGGCGAUGCGGAAGAGGCAAUACGGAAAAAGCGUAGUAAGCCCGACCUGGCCUUAUCCACGAGCAGCGGCGGUGAGAAGAGGCAGUCGCCCCCAGAGCUAUCGAGGCGGACUUCACACCCACCCGUGCAGGGAGUCGAGAUCGCGAUACCGUCGCGACCCGCCACCCCAGCCGCCGGUUCCAACUCCGCGACCUCGACGCCCAAGGGCGCCCCCUUCGGCCGCUCACCGCUCAUCGGCUCCGAAACCACAUCUACACCUACAUCCACGCCCUCGAACCUGCCCAUCUCGACGCAAUCUCUCUCUGUACCAUCCUCCACAACGACCACCGCCGCCCUGCCCCAAGCCCAACCAUCCAACGGCGCUGUAGACGAGGCCGAAUGGGCCGCCUUCGAAGCCGAGCUAGCCGCCGAACCCGCGCCAGCACCCGGUCCACAAGGCUACUCCGCCGACGCCACCAUCUCAGCGCCAGCCAUGACCGCCGCCCAGAUCGCCGCCAAGUCGCAGGAGGAAGAGAACGAGCGACGGAAGCACUUCGUGGACGCGCAAAUCGCCGACGAGCGGGAAGACGCGACGCGUGCGCUAGAGGCCGAGUUUGAAGAAAUGGAAGAGCUAGAAGGGCGCGUGCGGCGACUCAAAGAACGCCGAGAGCAGCUACGCAAGGGUAGCGUGGCGAAUCUCCGCAGUGCUGCCGCGAAUGAUGACGUAGUCAUGGCUAAGAGCCCGGCGGACGGCAAGGAGAACAAUGACUCCAGUAUACCUGAAGAAGACGAGGACGAGGACGAGGAUGACGAAGACGAUGAUUGGGAUGCAUUUCGACUUCGGUAG